AUGUCUGUUCAUAGAGAUGCCCUGAGAAACCCAGGGGAGGUGGUUCUGAAAACCAUCUUUCUCUUCCAGGUGGUGGCUGGGGCUCUGGGUAAUGUCAUCCUUUUCUUCCACAGCAUCUCUCCAAUCUUAUUUGGCCAGAAAAAGAGACGCACAGACGUGAUUCUCACACACUUGGUGCUGGCCAAUCUCUUGAUUAUUCUCUCCUCUGGGGUUCCCCACACAGUGGCAGGUUUUGUUUUGAGGAACCCCCUGAACAGCCUCGGGUGUAAGUUUGUGUAUUACGUACAGAGGGUGGCUCUCAGCACCGCCCUGUGCUCCACCUGUGUCCUGAGCACCUAUCAGUCCUUCAGUCUCACCCCCAGGAGAGUGGAGUGGGUGAUGCUCAGAGGAAGGGCCCCCAGGGUCACUGGCCCUUCCUGCUGCACCUGCCGGGUGCUCAGUUUCUUAAUGAGUAUCUGUGUUCCCUUGAUGAUUACUGGUCCAGAGAACACAAGAAAUGAUACUGACAAUCAAGGGAAGUGGUUCUGCUCACCCACAGCUCCUUACGCAGGUUUUAUGUACUUUUGGUUCAUCUCUGAUGCCGUGUUUCGUACCCUCAUGGUCUGGUCCAGUGGCUCCACGGUGCUUCUCCUGCUCAGACACCACCAGAGGGUGCAGUAUACCCACACCCACACUGGGCACCACAGAUGCCCCCCGGAGACCAGAGCUGCCCACACCACCCUGAUGCUGGUGGUCACCUUUGUCAUCUUCUACGUGCUGAAUUCUAUUUUUUCUUUUUAUAUCAGUGCCCUUUUAGAUUCUUGUCUAUGGUUGAUACAGACCUCUAGUGUCUUGGCUUCAUGUUUUUCCACUGUUUCCCCCUUCCAGUCACUCCUGAGGGAUCCUAGAACUCCUAGGUUCUGCUCUUGA